UACAGCCGUUGGCGGUGUUUCAUCUUCUCUCUCUAGUUUUCACACUUCCUUUCCUCCAUUACUUACAACAGAGAAAGUAACUUCGUUCGUUCGAUUUCUGACCACCAAACAUGUCUCUGAGGCCGAGCGCGAAGACGGAGGUUCGUCGUAAUCGGUACAAGGUUGCUGUCGAUGCUGAUGAAGGUCGGAGGAGGAGGGAAGAUGAUAUGGUGGAGAUCCGGAAGAAUCGAAGGGAAGAGAACUUGCAGAAGAAGAGGAGGGAGUUUCAAUCAAGUCAACAACAUUCUUCAUCAGUUGGCUCAGUUCUCUCUGUUGACGGCAAAUUGGAGAAUAUACCGGGAAUGUUGAGUGGGAUUUAUUCAGAUGAUAUCAGUUUGCAGUUGACUGCAACUACUCAGUUCAGAAAAUUGCUUUCUAUAGAAAGAAACCCUCCAAUUGAUGAAGUUAUACAGUCUGGUGUGGUUCCCAGAAUGAUUCAGUUUCUUAUGAGGGAAGAGAUCCCACAGCUUCAGUUUGAGGCAUCGUGGGCACUCACAAACAUUGCUUCUGGAACUUCUGAGCACACUAAAGUGAUCAUUGACAAUGGAGCAAUCCCCUAUUUUGUGAAACUCCUGAGUUCAGCUAGUGAUGAAGUGCGAGAGCAGGUUGUAUGGGCGCUAGGAAAUAUUGCUGGGGACUCUCCCAAAUGCCGAGACCUUGUUCUUAAAGAAGGUGCCAUGCUCCCAUUACUGGCUCAACUGAAUGAGCACUCAAAGCUUUCCAUGCUAAGGAAUGCCACUUGGACUCUUUCAAAUUUCUGUAGAGGCAAGCCACAGCCAGAAUUUGACCAGUUGAAGCCGUCUCUUCCUGUUCUUCAAAAACUUAUUCACUCCAAUGAUGAGGAAGUUUUGACAGAUGCAUGUUGGGCUCUCUCGUAUCUUUCUGAUGGAACAAAUGAAAAAAUUCAAGAAGUUAUAGAUGCUGGUGCAUGCCCACGUCUGGUUGAACUUUUGAUGCACCCGACCCCAUCAGUUCUUGUUCCCGCUCUUCGUGCUGUUGGCAACAUUGUUACUGGAGAUGAUAUGCAAACACAGUUUAUCAUCAACCAUGGAGUAUUACCCUGCCUAGUAAAUCUGAUGACUGGGAACUACAAGAAGAGCAUUAAGAAGGAAGCUUGUUGGGCAAUUUCCAAUAUCACUGCUGGAAACAAGGAUCAGAUCCAGGUGGCAAUUAACGCCAAUGUAGUAGGACCUCUGGUUCAGCUGCUUCAAACUGCUGAAUUUGAUGUUAAGAAAGAAGCUGCCUGGGCUAUUUCUAAUGCCACCUCUGGUGGCACACACGACCAAAUAAAGUACCUCGUGGGUCAAGGAUGUAUCAAGCCAUUGUGCGAUCUUCUUGAUUGCACGGAUCCUAGGAUUGCUACGGUUUGUCUGGAGGGGCUUGAGAAUAUUUUGAAGGUUGGAGAAGCUGAUAAGAAUUUAGGGAUUAAUGGUGAAGUGAAUCUUUUUGCAACAAUGAUUGAUGAAGCUGAAGGGCUGGAAAAGAUUGAGAAUCUUCAGAGUCACGAUAAUAAUGAUAUUUACGAGAAGGCGGUGAAGCUUUUGGAGACGUAUUGGGCGGAGGAAGAGGUAGAUGACGAAGAGGCGGCUGCGGCGGAUGGGACGAAUCCAGCUCAAGGAGGAGGGUUUCACUUUGGAAGUGGUCAGCAUCCUGCUGUCCCUAAUGGUGGUUUUAACUUCAACAACUGAUGGAGAGGAGAGGAGAAGAGAAGAAUAAUUGAUUUUGGCUUUCUUUUUGGAUCAGGCAGACAAAAACAGUUUCUUGAUGGGAUUUUGAUUUUUUUUGGUACUUUUUAUCCCAAAUAUCUCAACUUUUAAUUGCUUUUAUUUUAUUUUCUUACAAGCGGUAAAACGACUCCAAAUCUUAAUAAGGUUUAAGUUUUGUAGAAUUUUUACUUUUUAAGUUA